GCUCAGGAUGGAGUGGAAGAGCAGGGCUGAGAGGGCUGAGGGUUGAAGAGAGGCCUGAGGCCUCUGGGCUGGCUGGUUUUGCUUGGAAGCACCUCCCAGCCCCACAGCAGCAGUGACUUGAGCAGGAAGAGUGUGGCUGGCCUUUGGGAUAAUCUCCUGCAGCUGGAGCAGGUGAAGCAGCAGCGGGGACCCCCGAGCCGCCACCAUGGUUGCCUUGUCCCUCAAGAUCAGCAUUGGCAACGUGGUGAAGACAAUGCAGUUUGAGCCCUCCACCAUGGUGUACGAUGCCUGCCGAAUCAUCCGGGAGCGAGUGCCAGAGGCACAGAUGGGCCAGCCCAACGACUUUGGCCUUUUCCUUUCGGAUGAAGACCCGAAGAAAGGGAUCUGGCUGGAAGCUGGGAAAGCCCUGGACUACUACAUGCUCCGCAAUGGGGACACCUUGGAAUACAAGAAGAAGCAGCGGCCCCUGAAGGUCCGGAUGCUGGACGGGACGGUCAAGACCGUCAUGGUGGACGAUUCCAAGACGGUCACAGACAUGCUCAUGACCAUUUGCGCAAGGAUCGGCAUCACCAACUACGAUGAGUAUUCGCUGGUGCGGGAGAUGGUGGAGGAGAAGAAGGAGGAGCAGACGGGCACCCUCAAGAAGGACAAGACUCUCCUGCGCGACGAGAAGAAGAUGGAGAAGCUCAAGCAGAAGCUGCACACGGACGAUGAGUUGAACUGGCUGGAUCACGGGCGCACUCUGCGCGAACAGGGCAUUGAGGACAGCGAAACGCUCCUCCUUCGACGCAAGUUCUUUUACUCUGACCAGAACGUGGACUCGCGUGAUCCUGUGCAGCUGAACCUUCUCUAUGUUCAGGCUCGUGAUGACAUCCUGAACGGCUCUCACCCCGUCUCCUUUGACAAGGCCUGUGAGUUUGCUGGGUUCCAGUGUCAGAUCCAGUUUGGCCCCCACAACGAACAGAAGCACAAGCCGGGAUUCUUGGACCUAAAGGAUUUUCUGCCCAAGGAAUACAUCAAGCAAAAGGGAGAACGCAAGAUUUUCAUGGCCCACAAGAACUGUGGCAACAUGAGUGAGAUCGAGGCCAAGGUCCGCUACGUGAAGCUUGCCCGCUCCCUGAAGACGUACGGAGUCUCCUUCUUCUUGGUCAAGGAGAAGAUGAAAGGGAAGAACAAGCUGGUGCCGCGUCUUCUGGGCAUCACCAAGGAGUGUGUGAUGCGGGUGGACGAGAAGACCAAGGAGGUCAUCCAGGAGUGGAACCUCACCAACAUCAAGCGCUGGGCUGCGUCGCCCAAGAGCUUCACCCUGGACUUUGGGGAUUACCAGGAUGGAUACUACUCUGUGCAGACGACAGAGGGGGAACAAAUUGCCCAGCUCAUUGCCGGCUACAUUGACAUUAUCCUGAAGAAGAAAAAAAGCAAAGACCAUUUUGGCUUAGAGGGCGACGAGGAGUCCACCAUGCUUGAGGAAUCCGUAUCCCCCCAAAAGUCUACCGUUCUUCAGCAGCAGUUCAACCAGGUGAACAAGGCGGAACUUGGCUCCUUGGCCCUUCCUGGCGUCAUACGCCUGGGCUCUGGUGGGCCCGAGAGCUUCCAGAUGGGCACCAUGCCCCAGGCACAGCAGCAGGUCACAAGUGGGCAGAUGCACCGCGGGCACAUGCCCCCCCUGACAACAGCCCAGCAGGCCUUGACGGGCACCAUCAACUCCAGCAUGCAGGCUGUGCACGCUGCCCAGUCCAACCUGGACGACUUUGAGAUGCUGCCUCCUCUGGGACAGGAUGCGGCCUCCAAAGCGUGGCGCAAGAACAAGAUGGAUGAGUCCAAGCAUGAGAUCCAUUCCCAAGUGGACGCCAUCACCGCAGGGACGGCUUCCGUGGUGAACCUGACCGCAGGUGACCCUGCAGAGACCGACUACACGGCUGUGGGCUGUGCCGUCACUACCAUCUCCUCCAACCUGACGGAGAUGUCCAAAGGCGUGAAGCUGCUGGCGGCUCUCAUGGAGGACGAGGGUGGCAAUGGGCGCCAGCUCCUGCAAGCAGCCAAGAACCUGGCCGGGGCCGUCUCAGAGCUGCUGAAAACGGCACAGCCUUCCAGCGCUGAGCCACGGCAGAACCUCUUGCAAGCAGCAGGCGCAGUGGGGCAGACGAGUGGGGAGCUGCUGCAGCAGAUCGGAGAGAGCGACACUGACCCCCAUUUCCAGAUUGUGGAGGCCCGGCGCACGCGGACCCUGCCUGCCCCUGACCCCAAGACGGACAUGCUGAUGCAGCUGGCGAAGGCUGUGGCCAGUGCUGCAGCCGCCUUGGUCUUGAAGGCCAAGAAUGUGGCUCAGAAGACAGAAGACUCUGUGCUGCAGACCCAGGUGAUCGCGGCAGCCACCCAGUGUGCGCUCUCCACCUCCCAGCUGGUGGCUUGCACCAAGGUCGUGGCUCCCACCAUCAGCUCACCUGUGUGCCAGGAACAGCUGAUAGAGGCUGGGAAGCUGGUUGCAAAGUCCGUGGAGAGCUGCGUGGAUGCCUCUCAGGCAGCCACCGGCGACGAGCUGCUGCUGAAGCAAGUGGGGGUGGCAGCGACAGCCGUGACCCAGGCCCUCAAUGACCUGCUAGAGCACAUCAAGCAGCAUGCCACGGGCGGGCAGCCAAUCGGGCGCUAUGACAAGGCCACGGACACAAUCCUCAACGUCACAGAGAACAUCUUCAGCUCCAUGGGGGAUGCAGGUGAAAUGGUGCGUCAGGCUCGCAUUCUGGCACAAGCAACCUCCGACCUGGUGAAUGCCAUCAAGGCUGAUGCGGAAGGGGAGACAGACUUGGAGAACUCGCGCAAGCUCCUGAGCGCUGCCAAGAUUCUGGCAGAUGCCACUGCCAAGAUGGUGGAAGCAGCGAAGGGCGCCGCAGCCCACCCAGACAGCGAGGAGCAGCAGCAGCGUCUGCGGGAGGCCGCCGAGGGGCUCCGGAUGGCCACCAACGCGGCAGCCCAGAAUGCCAUCAAGAAGAAGCUUGUGCAUCGUCUGGAGCAUGCAGCCAAGCAGGCGGCCGCAGCUGCCACCCAGACUAUUGCAGCCGCCCAGCACGCUGCCACGGCCAACAAGAACCCGUCUGCCCAGCAGCAGCUGGUGCAGAGCUGCAAGGUGGUGGCCGACCAGAUCCCGAUGCUGGUGCAGGGUGUCCGUGGGAGCCAGUCACAGCCUGACAGCCCCAGUGCUCAGCUGUCCCUCAUUGCUGCCAGCCAGAACUUCCUGCAGCCCGGCGGGAAGAUGGUGGCUGCUGCCAAGGCCACGGUGCCCACCAUCUCGGACCAGGCCUCUGCCAUGCAGCUCAGCCAGUGUGCCAAAAACCUGGCAGCUGCCCUCGCCGAACUCCGCACCGCGGCUCAGAAGGCACAAGAGGCCUGUGGCCCCCUGGAGAUUGAUUCAGCCCUCAGUCUGGUGCAGAGCCUGGAGAGGGACUUGCAGGAAGCCAGGACAGCUGCUCGGGAGGGCAAGCUGAAGCCGCUGCCUGGGGAGACGAUGGAGAAGAGUGGCCAGGACUUGGGGAACAGCACCAAAGCGGUUAGCUCUGCGAUUGCCCAGCUGCUGGGAGAGGUUGCCCAGGGCAAUGAGAACUACACAGGGAUUGCCGCGCGUGAUGUGGCGCAUGCUCUGCGCUCCCUCAGCCAAGCGGCGCGUGGGGUUGCUGCCAACACGGAUGAGCCACAGGUGCAAGCGGCCAUGCUGGAGUGCGCUGGAGACGUCAUGGAUAAGGCCAGCAACCUCAUUGAGGAAGCCCGCAAGGCAGUGGCCAAGCCGGGCGAUCCCGAGAGCCAGCAGCGCUUGGCACAGGUGGCCAAGGCCGUGUCACAGGCCCUGAACCGCUGUGUGAACUGCCUGCCUGGGCAACGGGACGUGGAUGCCGCCAUUCGCACCGUCGGCGAGGCCAGCAAGAGGCUUCUGGCCGAUUCGUUUCCCCCCAGCGGCAAGAACUUCCAGGAAGCACAGAGUCAUCUGAACCAGGCGGCUGCCGGCCUCAACCAGUCAGCCAACGAGCUGGUGCAGGCGUCCCGUAGCACCCCCCAGGACCUGGCCAAGGCCUCUGGCAAGUUUGGCCAGGACUUCAAUGAGUUCCUCCAGGCUGGUGUGGAGAUGGCCGGCCAGUCUCCGUCCAAGGAAGCCCAGGCCCAGGUGGUGUCCAACCUGAAGAGCAUCUCCAUGUCCUCCAGCAAGCUGCUCUUGGCAGCCAAGGCCCUGUCCGCCGACCCUGCGGCUCCCAACCUCAAGAACCAGCUGGCCGCUGCUGCCCGGGCUGUGACUGACAGCAUCAAUCAGCUGAUCACGAUGUGUACCCAGCAAGCGCCCGGCCAGAAGGAGUGUGACAAUGCUCUGCGGGAGCUGGAGACAGUGCGAGAGCUCCUGGAGAAUCCCACCCAGGCAGUCAACGACAUGUCCUUCUUCAGCUGCCUGGAGAGCGUCAUGGAGAACUCCAAGGUCCUGGGAGAGGCCAUGGCUGGUAUUUCCCAGAAUGCCAAGAACAGCCGGCUGCCAGAGUUUGGGGACGCCAUCAGCACUGCCUCCAAGGCCCUCUGUGGUUUCACUGAAGCGGCUGCCCAGGCAGCCUACCUAGUGGGCGUCUCUGACCCCAACAGCCAGGCAGGGCAGCAGGGCCUGGUGGACCCCACCCAGUUUGCCAGAGCCAACCAAGCUAUCCAGAUGGCCUGCCAGAACCUGAUUGACCCGGCCUGCACACAGUCACAGGUCCUGUCAGCUGCCACCAUAGUUGCCAAGCACACGUCUGCCCUUUGCAACACCUGCCGGCUGGCCUCAUCCCGCACCACUAACCCCGUCGCCAAGCGCCAGUUUGUCCAGUCUGCCAAGGAGGUGGCCAACAGCACCGCUAACCUUGUCAAGACCAUCAAGGCCCUGGAUGGUGCUUUCACACCAGAGAACCGUGAGCUCUGCCGCGAAGCCACUGCCCCCCUCAUCGAGGCAGUGGACAACCUGACAGCCUUUGCCUCCAACCCAGAGUUUGCAACCGUUCCUGCUCAGAUCAGCCCAGAGGGGCGCAGAGCCAUGGAGCCCAUCGUCUCCUCUGCCAAGACCAUGCUGGAGAGCUCUGCUGGCCUCAUCCAGACCGCUCGCUCUCUGGCCAUCAACCCGAAGGACCCCCCAAAGUGGUCGGUGCUGGCUGGACACUCGAGGACAGUCUCCGACUCCAUCAAGAAGCUCAUCACCAACAUGAGGGACAAAGCUCCUGGCCAGCGAGAAUGUGAUGAGGCCAUUGAAAUGCUGGCCAAAUGCAUCCGGGAUGUGGACCAGGCUUCCUUGGCGGCCAUCAGCCAGCAGUUGGCACCCCGUGAGGGCAUCUCCCAGGAGGCCUUGCACAAUCAGAUGCUUACAGCCGUGCAGGAGAUCAGCAACCUCAUUGAGCCGGUGGCUGGCGCUGCCCGAGCGGAAGCCUCUCAGCUUGGGCACAAGGUGUCUCAACUUGCUCAGUAUUUUGAGCCGCUGGUCCUGGCAGCCGUGGGCGCCGCCUCCAAGACUCUCAACCACCAGCAGCAGAUGAACCUCCUGGACCAGACCAAGACACUGGCAGAGUCUGCCCUGCAGAUGCUCUACACGGCCAAGGAGGCCGGGGGCAAUCCCAAGCAAGCAGCCCACAUGCAGGAAGCCCUUGAGGAGUCCGCGCAGAUGAUGAAGGAAGCCGUGGAGGACCUCACUGCCACGCUGAAUGAGGCUGCCAGCGCUGCAGGGGUGGUGGGUGGCAUGGUGGAUUCCAUCACGCAAGCCAUCAACCAGCUGGAUGAGGGCCCCGUGGGAGAGCCAGAGGGUACUUUUGUGGAUUACCAGACAACCAUGGUGAAGACUGCCAAGGCCAUCGCCGUGACUGUCCAGGAGAUGGUCACCAAAUCCACCACCAACCCAGAUGAGCUGGGCACAUUGGCCAACCAGCUCACCAGUGACUACGGACAGCUGGCCCUCCAGGCCAAGCCAGCUGCCAUCACUGCCGAGAAUGACGAGAUUGGCUACCAUAUAAAAAACAGAGUACAGGAACUUGGCCAUGGCUGUGCCGCACUGGUGACCAAGGCUGGAGCCCUUCAGUGCAGCCCCAGUGACGCCUACACCAAGAAGGAGCUGAUUGAGUGCGCCCGCAGAGUCUCAGAGAAGGUCUCUCACGUCCUGGCAGCCCUCCAGGCUGGCAAUCGGGGCACCCAAGCCUGCAUCACGGCGGCCAGUGCCGUCUCUGGCAUCAUCGCAGACCUGGACACCACCAUCAUGUUUGCCACAGCCGGGACCCUCAACCGUGAGAAUGCCGAGACUUUUGCUGAUCACAGGGAGAGCAUCCUAAAGACCGCCAAGGCGCUGGUGGAGGACACCAAAGUGCUCGUGCAGAAUGCCACAGCUAGCCAGGAGAAGCUGGCUCAAGCGGCCCAGUCCUCUGUCGCCACCAUUACACGCCUGGCUGAAGUGGUGAAACUGGGGGCUGCCAGCCUGGGCUCUGAGGACCCCGAGACACAGGUGGUUUUGAUCAAUGCCGUGAAGGAUGUGGCCAAAGCUCUCGGGGAUCUGAUCAGUGCCACCAAGGCUGCUGCAGGGAAAUCUGGCGAUGACCCGGCUGUCUACCAGCUGAAGAAUUCAGCAAAGGUGAUGGUCACCAACGUCACUUCGCUGCUGAAGACAGUCAAGGCCGUGGAGGACGAGGCCACCAAGGGGACCCGCGCGCUGGAGGCCACCAUUGAGCACAUCCGCCAAGAGCUUGCUGUGUUCUGCUCCCAGGUGCCCCCUGCCAAGACGUCCACGCCAGAGGACUUUAUCCGUAUGACCAAAGGCAUCACCAUGGCCACUGCCAAGGCUGUGGCAGCUGGAAACUCAUGCCGGCAGGAAGAUGUGAUUGCCACAGCCAACUUGAGCCGCCGUGCCAUUGCGGACAUGCUGCGCUCUUGCAAGGAAGCAGCUUUCCACCCUGAAGUGAGCACUGAAGUUCGGCACCGGGCCCUCCGCUUUGGCAAGGAGUGUGCCAAUGGCUACCUGGAGCUCCUGGAGCAUGUUCUGGUGAUCCUCCAGAAGCCAAGUCAUGACCUGAAACAGCAGCUGGCCGGGUACUCUAAGCGGGUGGCUGGCUCUGUGACGGAGCUCAUCCAGGCGGCAGAAGCCAUGAAAGGAACCGAGUGGGUAGAUCCAGAGGAUCCCACGGUCAUUGCGGAGAAUGAACUGCUGGGCGCAGCUGCUGCUAUAGAGGCAGCUGCAAAGAAGCUGGAGCAGCUGAAGCCACGAGCCAAGCCCAAGCAGGCAGACGAGAGCCUCAACUUUGAGGAGCAGAUUUUGGAGGCUGCCAAGUCCAUUGCCGCAGCAACCAGUGCCUUGGUGAAAGCCGCCUCAGCCGCCCAGAGAGAACUGGUGGCCCAGGGGAAGGUGGGGGCCAUCCCAGCCAAUGCCCUAGAUGAUGGACAGUGGUCCCAAGGCCUGAUUUCAGCUGCCCGGAUGGUGGCUGCUGCCACCAACAACCUCUGUGAGGCGGCUAACGCAGCUGUCCAGGGCCAUGCCAGCGAGGAGAAGCUCAUCUCCUCUGCAAAGCAGGUGGCGGCCUCAACAGCACAGCUCCUGGUGGCCUGCAAGGUCAAGGCAGACCAGGAUUCAGAGGCGAUGAAGCGCUUGCAGGCUGCUGGCAACGCUGUGAAGAGGGCCUCGGACAACCUCGUGAAGGCAGCUCAGAAAGCUGCAGCCUUCCAGGAUCAUGAGAACGAGGCUGUUGUCGUGAAGGAGAAGAUGGUCGGUGGGAUUGCUCAGAUCAUUGCUGCCCAGGAGGAGAUGCUGCGUAAGGAGCGGGAGCUGGAGGAGGCGCGCAAGAAACUGGCCAUGAUCCGGCAGCAGCAGUACAAGUUCCUCCCCUCGGAGCUGCGGGACGAAGGGCCGAACUGAGCCGCCCGCCGCGGCCCCCUGCCUCUGCCACCCGCUGCCCUAUUUAACACCAACCCCCCUGAGGAACGACGGACCGGGCGGGCGGGCGGGCCACCUCCUCCUGGCCCCAGGGUGCUGGGCGCACUGCGAGGAGGAGGCUAGCCAGCCGGCCGGCAACUCCUGCACCAGCAGCUUCUUCCGCUCACUGCACAAGCCCUGCUUCCCACGGGGGCCAGCACAGGCUGCGCUCUGGACCGCCUUUCCGAGGGCAAAGGCUCCCUGCCUCCCCCCUGUUCUUUCAGGAAUCUUCCUCCCUUGUGCCUUGGCUACUCGCUCAGCCUGCUUCUCUCUGGGAGAUCCUGUCUCCACUGCCUUUGGCCUGUGACUGUGCAAUGGGGGCUUCCUCUCAGCUGGCCCCUUCCAGCCUCCACACCAGCCAAAUAUGCCUUAAACAUGGGCUGGGCCGGGCUCGCUGCCUCUGCUCCUGAGUGCUGUGGUGGUCCCAGAGGCAGAGGAGUGGACCUGGAGGGGGCUGUCCCAUGCCUCCCCCCUCGCCUGUGUCUCCACCACCUCCUCUCUUGCUGCUGUGUUCCCAAGUGCCUGCCUCUGUGGGUCCAGAACGCUCAUCCCCCCCACCCCCUUGUUCCUGGCACCUACUUGCCUGCCCCUGCCCCAGACCUUGCCCGGCUCCUCCUCCCUGCCCCCCCGCAGCAAUUCUGCUUUCUGCUGCUGGUCCCGAAAUCGCCAUGCUUGAGACACCCCCCCACUUGCCGAGGCUUCUCACGUUUUGUAAUUUUGAUACGUCAAUAAACAGCCUAUGGAAACUC